AUGUCAAAUACCUCAGAAAGAAAGGAAGUUAAUGUAGAUAUGAACGAUCAACUAGACGACAUGAUACGUGAUGUUGGACAAGAGUCCUUUAAUCGUGCACAUGUAUAUGAUAAUUUGUGUAGUGACAAAGAAGAGCCUUUGUAUCUGGGAUGCACUAACUUCACACGGUUGUCUGCGGUAUUGAGGUUGUUCAACUUGAAGGCGAGAAAUGGCUGGACAGAUAAAAGCUUCACUGAAUUACUUGAAUUGUUGAAAGAAAUGCUCCCAAAAGGUAAAAUAUUGUCGAAUCGUAACUAUGAGGCAAAGAAGUUAUUGUGUCCAAUGGGCAUGGAGUAUAGGAAAAUACAUGCAUGCCCUAAUGACUGUUUAUUGUAUAGAAAUGAGUUUGAAGAGUUGACUAAGUGUCCUAGGUGUGGACUAUCACGCUACAAAAUGAAGGAUGGUGAUUCCAUUUAUGACAAAAGCUCAAAUAGACCUCCUGCGAAGGUGUUAUGGUAUCUUCCAAUAGUUCCAAGGUUCAAACGUUUGUUUUCUAAUACAAAUGAUGCAAAGAAUGUAAGAUGGCAUGCCGAUGAGAGGAAGCGUGAUGGACAACUUCGUCACCCAGCUGAUUCUUUGCAAUGGAGGAAAAUUGAUGAUUUGUACCCGGAGUUCGGAAGUGAGCCAAGGAACCUUAGCCUUGGACUUGCUACAGAUGGAAUGAAUCCAUAUGGAACCUUAAGUAGUAACCAUAGUUCAUGGCCUGUUCUACUAGUUAUCUACAACCUACCUCCUUGGAUUUGCAUGAAGCGUAAAUACAUCAUGUUAUCUAUGAUGAUUUCAGGUCCAAAACAACCUGGAAAUGACAUAGAUGUUUAUCUAAUUCCAUUGAUUGAAGAUUUGAGAAUGCUUUGGGAAGGUGUUUAUGUGUUUGAUGGGUAUUCUCGUGAAUAUUUUAAGAUGCGUGCAAUGCUAUUUUGCACCAUCAAUGACUUUCCUGCAUAUGGAAACUUGUGUGGCUAUAGUGUUAAGGGACACAAAGCAUGUCCUAUAUGUGAAGAAGGAACAUGCUACCAACAAUUGAAACAUGGAAGAAAAACUAUUUAUGUUGGGCAUCGAAAAUUUCUCAAGUCUAAUCAUCCAUACCGUAAGUUGAGAAAAGCGUUUAAUGGACACCAAGAGCAUGAAAUUUCUCAAAAAGCCUUAAUUGGGGAGGAAGUUUACAACCGGGUUAAGGAUAUAAAUGUUAUCUUUGGAAAGAACCAAAAACAGACAUCUGAGAAAAAUAUAUGGAAGAAGAAGUUUGUGUUCUUUGAUCUUCCUUAUUGGUCUAGUCUAGAUGUAAGACAUUGUCUUGAUGUGAUGCAUGUAGAGAAAAAUGUGUGUGAUAGUGUAAUUGGAACACUUCUUAACAUUCAGGGGAAAACAAAUGAUGGCUUAAAUUCUCGUCUAGAUAUGGUUGAUAUGGGUAUACGACAACAAUUAGCUCCACAAUCAACAGGUAAACAAACAUAUUUGCCUCCUGCUUGUCAUACAUUGUCAAAAAAGGAGAAGAGAUGCUUUUGUGAGUGUUUAAGGGGAAUAAAAGUGCCACAUGGAUACUCCUCAAAUGUCAAGAGUCUUGUGUCAAUGAAAGAUUUGAAAUUAGUUGGCUUAAAGUCUCAUGAUUGCCACAUUUUGAUGCAACAACUACUACCAGUGGCUUUACGUGGCAUAUUGCCUAAAAAAGUAAGAGAGGUCUUAACUAAGUUGUGUUUAUUCUUCAACUCUAUUUGUAGCAAAGUCAUUGAUCCUCAAAAAUUAAAUGAGUUGGAAAAUGAAGCUGUUAUUAUUUUGUGCCAACUAGAGAUGUAUUUUCCUCCUGCUUUUUUUGACAUCAUGGUUCAUUUAAUUGUUCAUUUAGUUAGGGAGAUUAAAUUAUGUGGUCCUGUUUAUUUGAGGUGGAUGUAUCCAUUCGAGCGUUACAUGAAGAUUUUAAAAGGAUAUGUGAAGAAUCCACACCGUCCUGAAGCAUCUAUUGUUGAAAGGUACAUAGCAGAAGAGGCUAUUGAGUUUUGUUCUGACUAUAUGUCAAAAGCAUAA